GUUUUGAGCUCAACGUUUCUCAUCAACAACAACUUUUAGCUUUAGUUUUCAAGUUGACUUCUAAUCAUUAAAGUUAACGUGUUUUUUUGUGCAUUUGUGUUUCUUACUGGACUCGCUUACCUUACUGUUUAUUUAUUCAACUUUUGUUUUUUUUGUUUUUUGUUGUUGUUUCGUUGCGAAUGAAUUUUAACCACAAUUUAACCCAACAAUUAAGUGAUUAACAAAACAGAGCAAACAAUUGACCAAUAAUGUUUCAACUUUAUCCUUAUCCGUUUAUAAUUCCCUCAACAAGGUUACCUUUGGCUUCUUUGUUGAACGAUUUUGAAGCUCCACUGGACUUAUCAUCGCCUCUGAUUAAAACAGAUAAAACUUCUUCUUCUUCCUCUUCUACAUCAUCUUCUUCCUCAUCCUCAUCCUCAUCUAGUUCAUUGUCAUCUAAUUUAUCAUCAUCAUCAACUCUAUUACCAACGAUACCGUUAUCCUUUCAAUUGGGUUUGAAAGAAGCUGAAUUCUUGUCAACAACUCUAGCCUCAUCGUUAGCCUCUAAAGCAGCCAAUCAAGAUUGGAAUUUAUUAUCGUUGGAUUUAUCAUCCAAAACAAUAUCAACUUCACCUUCAUCUUCCCUGCUUUCACGUUCAUCUUCAAUAGGCUCACUGCGAUCUCCAUCAUCACCGAUUCAACCAUUGAAAGUAAACCACUUCAAUGACCAUCAUCAAGUCAAUUUGAAAAAUGUUAAACAAUGUUCAAGUAAACCAUUAAACGGAUUGUCAGUUAAAAAGGAUUCAUCAAAGGGCAACAACACCAAUGAUGAUAAAUUGUAUGCUUCACCAUUGACCAAAACACCAACACCAACCUCAUCACCUUCAACUCAACCUCAGGUUAAACUUACGUCAAGUUCAAGUCCAUCAACAACACCAACUCUGACGAAAACGACGACACCGUUAACAAUAUUAAACUUACCAAAUGGAAACACCAAAUUAACUGUUGAUACAAAUAAUGACAAGAAAAUGAUUAACAUUAAUGCUCCGGUAGCAAAUAAUUUAAUCAAAAAACCUCGUGAACGAACAAUGUUACCCUGUGAAUAUUGUGGUAAAGCAUUUGAUCGUCCCUCUUUACUUCGUCGUCAUCUUCGUACUCAUACAGGUGAAAAACCUCAUGUUUGUGAUGUGUGUGGAAAAGGUUUCAGCACUUCAUCAUCUUUAAAUACUCAUCGGCGAAUCCAUUCAGGUGAAAAACCUCAUCAAUGUAACGUUUGCGGUAAACGUUUUACUGCAAGCUCAAACCUUUAUUACCAUCGAAUGACUCACAACAAGGAAAAACCUCACAAAUGUACUUUGUGUUCAAAAUCAUUUCCAACUCCAGGUGAUCUCAAGAGUCACAUGUACGUCCAUAACGGAUCUUGGCCCUACAAGUGUGACACUUGUGGUCGAGGUUUCAGUAAACAGACAAAUAUGCGUAAUCACAUGUAUCUUCAUACAGGCAAUCGUCCUUAUGAAUGUGAAAUUUGUCGGAAAAAGUUUGCUCUUCCCUGUAACCUGCGAGCUCACAUGAAAACCCAUGAAGAAUCCAUGACUGAAAAGUGCGCCAAAUGUGACCGUGAAUUUACCCUCAACUCAGGUCUACUUGUAUUAGGCUUUUGCCAGGAUUGUUACCAAAGCAACCACGGAAUACCUUUACUAAGUCAAAAAUAAUAUCACAUAAAAAAAGUUUAAACAAAACUAUUCUCAAACUCAACAAGUAAACACCAAAUCUGCUCUAAUCAUCACCUCAUAUUUAAAGUUAAAAAAAGAAAGCAGAUUUUACCUGUUGACUGAUUAAAAACAAAAUGGACACAAGAUGAUGACCAAAGAAGAAGACAAGGAUAACAAAUGGUUAAAGAGUGAAAAUGAAACUCUUGUGUUGAAUCAAUGGGAAGCAAAUGUUUCAUCUUGUCCAUUAGCUUAAAGGCAAAGUCAAUGUCAUCUUGAGAUGGACAUCAAGAGAUAAAUUACCUGAAAAGUUAUCAAAGAGUCAUCAGAAUAAUGAUAUUAUUUUUUAUUAAACAAAAAAUAUAUUUUUACAGAAACCAAAAAAGACGCUUUUUUGGAACAAAAAACACACUCAUUUUAACCUCUUUUUUUAUACUCUUUCAUUACCUGAGCACUUCAUCAUUUCAAUUUUAACACUCGACCGUCUCACCUUAUUCACUUUUCUCACCUGUAAUCAGCACUCAACUUUUUUUGUCCCUUAAUAUUGUAUGUGAAAAAUGAUGAACAAAAAUUAAUGUAAAAGUUGCAAAAAAUGAACUUUUUUUAAAACAAUAAAAAGAAAAG